AUGUACCAGAAAAAUGCAAAUCCAGACAAUCGACUCAUGCCUCAAGUGAGACGAAUGAUUCUCAUUCCUUCCAGUUCCCAGAUGAAACCCAGGGCUGGUUUAACAAAUGGAAAGGUUGGACGAGAGAACACAGACCCGGAGAAAAGACAGACUAGCCUGAUCCCCAGUCUCCCUGUGUUUCUGGAGUCAACCCCACUCCCCGCUGACAAUCUUGCUGAUCGCCUUGAUGAAGAGUGUGAGGAUAUUGCGGAUCGCCUUGAUCAUGAGGCUCUUUCGGCAGAGCCCCAGUCUGAGCCUGCUCAGAAGAAUUCCACCGAAAGAAGCCCCGCACCCUUUUACAUAGAUUUCCCGACCUAG